AUCCACGAUACAACCCACACUGUCUCAAAGCUAUCCAAAUUCAUAAGUGUUGUUGUUAGUCUUGUUUCUCUUCCUGCUACUGCCUUUGUGUUAGAGUGUGUUCUAACUCUUCCAACUCAAUUCACAGACACAAGAGUCACAAAAUAACCAUCUAAUCAGUAUCUUACAGAAACAGUUUUUGUAUGCUAACGGUUCUAAAUCACACCCAGCAACAUUAAUCUAAAGCUUUUUGGAGACUGGGAUCACAUCGGUUAUAUUUCAUAGCAACAGACCUUAGAGCUUCAUUAGGGUAUUUACAAGAUGAGUAUUUUGAAGUAUCUGGAGACGGCCAGGCAUAAGGUUUUUGCUGCAAGAAAGUAUCAUAAAGUACUCGGUUUUUCCUCUUUCCACACAGCUCCAAAUUCCUCUGUGGAACUUCACUCACAAGAAGAGGAAGUAGUGAUUGCUUUGGGAAGUAAUGUAGGUGACAGGCUGCACAACUUUAAGGAAGCCUUGAAGUUGAUGAGAAACUCAGGCAUCAACAUCACAAGACAUGCUUGCCUGUAUGAGACAGCCCCGGCAUAUGUCACUGAUCAACCUCGAUUUAUCAAUUCAGCAGUUAGAGCUGUUACUAAACUUGGUCCACAUGAAUUAUUGUCCACGCUAAAAAGAAUUGAGAAGGACUUGGGCAGAACAGAUGGCAUAAGGUAUGGUCCAAGGCCAAUUGACUUGGACAUUUUAUUCUAUGGUAAAUAUGAAGUCAGUUCUGAUAUCCUCACUAUACCUCAUGAAAGAAUUUGGGAAAGGCCAUUUGUUAUGGCCCCCUUGAUGGAUUUAUUGGGAUCAGCUAUUGACAGUGAUGCAGUUGCUGCCUGGCAUUCAUUUUCAGGCCAUUCUGGUGGACUCUCUGGAUUAUGGGAAGAUUUAGGCAGUGAGUCCCUUAUUGGAAAGGAAGGUAUGUAUAGGGUAAUUCCUGUUGCAAAUGGGUUACUUGAUUGGUCACGGAGAACUUCUGUCAUGGGGAUCCUUAAUGUGACUCCAGAUAGUUUCAGUGAUGGGGGAAAUUUCCUGUCUGUGGAGUCAGCUGUUUCUCAGGUUCGGUUAAUGAUUUCAGAAGGAGCAGAUAUGAUUGAUAUUGGGGCACAGUCUACUCGGCCAAUGGCUAGUAGGAUCUCUGUUGAAGAAGAAUUAGGUAGAUUAAUACCAAUCCUAGAAGCUGUAGUGUCAAUGCCUGAGGCUGAAGGAAAGCUCAUAUCUGUGGAUACUUUCUACUCUGAAGUUGCUUUAGAAGCAGUGAGUAAAGGGGCUCAUCUUAUAAAUGAUGUAUCUGCGGGGCAGUUAGAUAGUAACAUGUUUAAGGUAAUGGCAGAUCUUGAUGUUCCUUAUGUUGCAAUGCACAUGAGGGGGGACCCAUCUACAAUGCAAAAUAGUGAAAACCUGAAGUAUGAUAAUGUCUGUAAAGAAAUAUCAUCAGAAUUAUACUCACGGGUCAGAGAGGCAGAGAUUUCAGGAAUACCAGCGUGGAGGAUUAUCAUUGACCCUGGCAUUGGAUUCUCAAAGAAAACCGAACACAAUUUGGAAAUCCUCUUUGGACUACCUGAUAUCAGAAAAGAGAUUGGCACAAGAAGUUUGUCCAUAUCUCAUGCUCCCAUGCUAAUUGGACCCUCCAGAAAGAGAUUUUUAGGUGAAAUUUGCCCUCGUCCUGCGGCCGAGAGGGAUCCUGCUACAAUCGCUGCUGUCACAGCUGGUGUUUUAGGAGGGGCUAAUAUUGUUAGGGUGCAUAAUGUCAAAGCUAAUCUAGAUGCCGUGAAGCUAUGUGAUGCAAUUCUAAGACAGAAAAGUUCUCACAUGAAUUCUCGACUUUGAGUUUGUCUUUCUACAGCAUAUCUGCUGCCAGUGUUAAUUUCCAAGCUACCUGAGUAUUUGGAUUUAUGCAGCAAGAACUCUGGGUGUUGUUCUUUGCUAUGUCACUCCUACUGCAAGGUUUUCCGUAGAACACCAUGAUGCUGCCAAAGCCAGAACAGAGAAGUAUCGAGUACAAUGUAGCAUUUAAUAAUCAGCAGACCAUUGUUCAAUUCGAAAUUUUGUCUCGUGUUUAUCCCAUUCCUUUUUGCAAAAUGACCAUCUAAUAGAGGUAAAAGCCAAAUAAAGAUGAUAAGUUUAAAGCCAAACUACAUAAAGGUUACAGACUAAGUCUAGCAGUAGCUAAGGACACAACACCUCUAAAAAUGCUUGACCCUUUGAUGUCAUAAAUCUUCAACAUGUGCGGCUGAGACAUUAGGCAACUCUCACAAAAUUUGUUCUGCAGACAGAGUCUAUCCCAGCCCAUUCAGACAUUGUUUAUCUCAUUCCUUAACAUGUAUUUGAUUCACUGAUUUUAUUCAACCCUUCAUUUGUAACAUGUUGAUUCUCAGAUUUUGUCUUAUUCAACAA